AUGGCCUCUAAAGAUGCACAGAACCAAAGAAGUAGAGGUUUGCCUGGCUUUCUUCCUGGAGCUCCAGACCCUGACCACAGCUUUCACGUCUCACUUCCCAACACAGGGAACCAAGUGUGGCCGCCAGCUCUCCCUCCACCAGGCAGUCUCCCUCCUGGACUAGAAUAUUUAAGCCAGUUAGACCUGAUAAUUAUACACCAGCAGGUGGAGCUUCUUGGAAUGAUACUUGGCACUGAGACCUCCAACAAAUAUGAGAUUAAAAACAGCUUGGGACAAAGAAUUUACUUUGCAGUGGAGGAAAGCAUCUGCUUCAAUCGUACUUUCUGUUCCACGCUGAGAUCUUGCACUCUGAAGAUCACGGAUAACUCGGGUAGGGAGGUGAUUACAGUAAACAGGCCCUUGAGGUGUAACAGCUGCUGGUGCCCUUGCUACCUGCAAGAGUUAGAAAUCCAAGCUCCUCCUGGUACUAUAGUUGGUUAUGUUGCACAGAAGUGGGACCCCUUUCUGCCUAAAUUCACAAUCCAAAAUGCAAACAAAGAAGAUAUUUUGAAAAUUGUUGGUCCUUGUGCAACAUGUGGCUGUUUUGGCGAUGUGGAUUUUGAGGUGACGACCAUUAAUGAAAAGCUGACAAUUGGGAAGAUUUCGAAGUACUGGUCAGGAUUUGUAAAUGAUGCCUUUACUAAUGCGGACAACUUUGGAAUUCACGUUCCGGCAGAUCUAGAUGUGACAGUCAAAGCAGCGAUGAUUGGUGCUUGUUUUCUCUUUGAUUUUAUGUUCUUUGAACAUUCACUGGCUGGAUUAUAACAAGCAAG